AUGAUGGAGAAGGUAGAAGAAGAGAAAGGGUAUGUGCAUGGAAGAGAAGAUUACACACAGGAUGGGACUGUGGAUCUUAAGGGUAGACCUGUUUUAAGAUCCAAAACUGGUAGAUGGAGAGCUUGUUCCUUCAUGCUAGGGUAUGAAGUGUUUGAGAGGAUGGCAUAUUAUGGAAUUGCAUCAAAUCUGGUGUUGUAUCUGACAAGGAAGCUCCAUGAAGGCACUGUAAAAUCUUCAAACAAUGUCACCAACUGGAUUGGUACUGUGUGGAUGACACCCUUGUUAGGUGCAUAUAUUGCAGACACCCAUCUCGGCCGCUACUGGACUUUCAUGAUUGCAUCUGCCAUUUACCUAGCGGGAAUGUGCUUAUUGACACUAGCAGUUUCAUUGCCGGCCCUACGACCUCCAUCUUGUGGGCACGACGUGAAAGAGGAAGAUUGUGAUAAACAGGCAUCCUCAUUGCAAGUUGGUGUUUUCUUCUGUGCUCUAUACAUCAUUGCUCUAGGUACAGGUGGAACCAAGCCCAACAUCUCAACCAUGGGUGCAGACCAAUUCGACGAUUUUGAGCCCAAGGAAAAGGCCCAUAAACUCUCAUUCUUCAACUGGUGGAUGUUCAGCAUCUUCCUUGGCACCCUCUUCUCUAACACCUUCUUAAUUUACAUACAAGAUAAUGUGGGCUGGACCGUAGGUUAUGCCCUUCCAGCAGUUGGGCUUGGAGUGUCAAUAGCAAUGUUCAUAGUCGGCUCACGCUACUACAGACACAAGCCCAUGACGGAAAGCCCAUUGACUCGGAUGGCCAAGGUUCUUGUGGCCGCAGUUAGGAAAUGGAAUGUGGUUGUGCCCAAUGACCCGAAAGAGCUUCAUGAGCUGAGCUUGGAUGAGUACUCCACCACUGGCAAGCUCCGAAUCGACCACACACCCUCAUUAAGGCUCCUAGACAAAGCAGCUGUAGAUAGCAGCGGGCCAAGGUCAGAAUGGACGCUAUGUCCAGUGACCCAAGUUGAAGAAACCAAGCAGAUGAUAAAAAUGAUACCAAUCUUGAUAGCAACCUUCAUACCUAGCACCAUGGUAGCACAGGUUAACACCCUCUUCAUCAAGCAAGGCACCACAUUGCACCGAAGCAUCGGCCCGCACUUCGAGAUUCCUCCGGCCUGUCUCCAAGCAUUUGUGACAAUCUUCAUGCUCACCAGCAUUGUCAUCUACGAUAGGUUCUUCGUUCCGUUCAUUCGUGGAUACACCAAAAAUCCCAGAGGAAUCACACUGCUACAAAGAAUGGGAAUUGGCCUUGUGUUACAUGUCAUCAUAAUGCUUAUUGCUUGCUUUGCAGAAAGAAAAAGACUAAGUGUUGCAAAAGAACAUGGAAUUUUUGGGAAAAAACAAGUAGUUCCUCUCUCUAUUUUCAUUCUUCUCCCUCAAUUUGCUCUCAUGGGUGUGGCUGAUAACUUCUUAGAAGUUGCAAAACUCGAGUUUUUCUACGAUCAAGCGCCCGAAGGAAUGAAGAGUUUGGGCACUGCCUAUUUCACAACCAGUUUGGGAGUUGGUUUUUUUCUCAGCAGUUUUUUUCUGUCAACUGUGGCUGAUAUCACCCAGAGGAAUGGUCACAGAGGGUGGAUUUUGGAUAAUUUGAAUCUCUCUCAUUUGGACUAUUACUAUGUUUUUUUUGCUAUCUUGAGCUUUAUCAACUUCCUCUUUUUUCUGGUUGUGGCAAAGUUGUUUGUUUAUAACACAGACAUGGAGGAGUCCAAUACGGAGAUACAGGAAGCUAUGGAGGCUUUGCCUAAGAAAGUUAGCUACUAG